AGACUGCAGUGGACAGGCAGAUCGUCUUUCCAUUGUCUCAUGUCCUGCACUCAAAUGGAGAGAAAAAUGGACAGCCACACCUGCACGAUUUCUCAGAGGACAUCCAAUUCAUGGACAUCGAGGAAUCUCCCGGUUACCGGCUGUGUCCAUUCCUGCAGGAGCACAAAGAUGAUAUCUUGUGUGGGCCGGUGUGGUUGUCCAGCGGACUGGAUCUGUCUGGACACGCAGGGAUGCUGAGUCUUACAAGUCCCAAACUCCUCAAAGGCAUGGCAGGGGGAAAAUAUCGCUCAUUCCUGGUGCACAUUAAAGCAGUGAGUGAUAAGGGUCUGGACGAGGGCUUAAGACCGGUGGUGCGGAUGCCCUCAGCCAAACCACAAAGUAGUAAAGCUCACUCACUCUCAUCCUUGCUACAAAGGGCUCAGGCAACUAAGGAAAAGGCAUCCACAUCUAAGGCAGAUCCUCAGUCUGUGCCUAAAAAGCCUGAUAACUUGCGUGGCUGUGACUUGCUCCAAGAAGUGUCCGUCACAAUCAGGAGAUUUAAGAAGACAUCUGUACCCAAAGAACGAGUGCAACGCUGUGCAAUGCUUCAGUUUCCUGAGCUCCACGAAAAGCUGCUAAGAGGUUUGUGUAAGCGUGGAGAAGACAGCCAGAGCUCUGAACACUGUCAGAGUCUCAUAUUGGACAUCCUCUGCUGGCUGGCUGGAGUUUACUCCAAUGGACCGUGCAGUUUGAGAGAGGGGAAAGAGGGGCUUUUGACCAAAACCAGAAGACGUCUGACGGACAUUAUCAGGGCAUGCUUCUUUGAGGCCGGGCGCAGUAUAGCUCACAAAUGCUCUCGCUUUCUUGCACUUUGUAUUAGUACUGGUAAAGGAGACCCUGGUCAGCAGGGUUUUGGCCAGGCACUGUUUAAAGCGCUUUUGGAUAAUAUGCCUUAUUUGCCUGCUGCUGCCACAGGAGGAUCUGUGUUCUGGUACUUUGUCCUGUUAAAUUAUGUGAAAGAUGAGGACUUGGCCGGCUGCAGUACUGCUUGCGCUUCUCUGCUCACUGCUGUUUCUCGGCAGCUGCAGGACCGUCUGACUCCAUUGGAAGCGCUGUUGCAAACCAGAUACGGUCUGUAUGGGUCUCCUUUUGACCCAGUACUGUUUGACCUGGAGGUGAGCGGGUCUUCCUGUAAGAAUGCCUUCAGCAGUGGCAUCGGGGUCCAGUCGGAUGAAAUCGACCUAUCUGAUAUUCUCUCAGGUAAUGGAAAGGUGAACAGUAGCGGGGCGGCAGAGGGCAGUUUCACUGCUCUGACUGGCCUGCUGGAAGUUGAACCUCUGCACUUUACUUGCGUCUCCACUAGUGACGGCACUAGAGUGGAGAGGGAUGAUGCAAGUAUGUUCACCGUGAGCACAUUUGGAGUGACGCCUACAGUGACAGGGCUGUCUGCUGGGUCUGUUGGCGAAGCCUCCACUGCUCUGAGCUCGGCUGCACAGGUGGCCCUGCAGUCUCUGUCUCACGCCAUGGUGUCCGCCGAACAGCAGCUUCAAGUUCUCCAGGAGAAGCAGCAACAGCUUCUAAAACUCCAGCAACAGAAGGCCAAGCUGGAGGCCAAACUUCACCAGACCACCUCAGCAGCAGCCACCGCAGCAUCAGGCGUUGUCAACUCUGUGCCAUCCAACCCGUCCUCAGCCCCAGGCUUUUUUAUCCACCCGUCAGACGUCAUCCCACCCACCCCUAAAACCACCCCGCUGUUCAUGACACCACCUCUCACCCCGCCCAAUGAAGCAGUGUCGGCGGCCAUUAGUGUGGAACUGGCUCAGCUUUUCCCAGGAUCUGUCAUUGAUCCUCCACCUGUAAACCUUUCAGCACAGAAUAAAAACAACCAGAAAGCGAAACCCAACCCCAUGGGAAGUGGCCUGGCAUUAGCAAUCUCACAGGCUUCCCACUUUCUCCAGCCUCCACCACACCAGUCCAUAAUAAUUGAGAGAAUGCAUUCAGGUGCAAGGCGGUUUGUGACUCUAGAUUUCGGCCGGCCGGUGUUGCUCACGGAUGCACUGAUCCCCACAUGUGCAGACUUGGCCUCACUUUCCAUUGACAUUUGGACUCUUGGGGAGGAAGUGGAUGGGAGGAGACUGGUAGUCGCCACAGAUAUCAGCACACAUUCUCUGAUUCUGCAUGAUUUACUACCCCCUCCUGUCUGCAGAUUCAUGAAGAUCACUGUGAUUGGUCGAUAUGGCAGCACUAAUGCCCGGGCUAAAAUCCCAUUGGGUUUUUAUUAUGGCCACACCUACAUCCUGCCAUGGGAAAGUGAAUUGAAGCUGAUGCAUGAUCCUCUGAGGGGAGAAAGCGAAGCUGCUGGGCAACCGGAUCUGGAUCAACAUUUAUCAAUGAUGGUGGCACUGCAGGAAGACAUUCAAUGCAGGUAUAAUUUGGCCUGCCAUCGGCUUGAGACGUUACUUCAGAACAUCGACCUGCCACCUCUUAACAGUGCUAAUAAUGCACAGUAUUUCUUGCGUAAGCCUGAUAAAGCUGUUGAGGAGGACUCCCGCGUCUUCUCCGCCUACCAAGACUGCAUUCAGCUCCAGCUGCAGCUGAACCUGGCCCACCACGCUGUCCAGAGGCUGCGCGUGUCUCUGGGAGCAACUCGAAAACACCUGCCUGAAAAUUACGACCCCCGAGAGCUGGUUCAGAACUCUUCUACCGAGCAGCUCCGAACCAUCAUCAGAUAUCUACUGGACACACUGCUCAGCCUGCUGCACUCCUGUAAUGGCAACUCGGUGCCCUCAGUGUUGCAGAACACAUUUCAUGCUCAGGCGUGCGAGGAGCUCUUUAAGCAGCUUUGCAUCAGUGGGACGCCUAAGAUUCGUCUGCAUGCGGGUCUGCUGCUGGUGCAGCUGUGUGGAGGAGAGAGGUGGUGGGGCCAGUUCCUGUCCAACGUCCUGCAAGAGCUCUAUAACUCUGAGCAGCUGCUCAUCUUCCCUCAGGACAGAGUAUUCAUGCUGCUGUCCUGUAUUGGCCAAAGAUCUCUAAGUAACAGUGGGGUUCUGGAGGGUUUGUUAAACCUUUUAGACACACUGCUAUCGCCUCUGCAGCAGGCCAGUGCAGCUCAGCCCCGCAGGACAGAAGGUGUGCUGGAUAUCCCUAUGAUCAGCUGGGUGGUUAUGCUGGUCUCUCGAUUACUUGACUAUGUGGCCAGUGUGGAAGAUGAAGCCAGCGCAGCUAAGAAACCUCUGGGAGCUAAAGACAGGGAAAGAUCAUUUACAGGGAACCAGUGGAGUUUUAUAAAUAACAGUCUGCAGUCUCAGAAUCCAAGCAGAUCUGCUAAAGGCAGCAACAGCAGUUUAGAUCGGCUGUAUUCACGCAAGAUCCGCAAACAGCUAGUCCAUCACAAACAGCAGUUGAAUUUAUUGAAAGCCAAACAAAAAGCUUUAGUAGAGCAAAUCGAGAAGGAGAAAAUUCAGAGCAACAAAGGCUCCUCUUACAAGCUGUUGGUGGAACAGGCCAAACUCAAGCAAGCCACUUCCAAGCACUUUAAAGAUCUGAUCCGUUUGAGGCGGACAGCUGAAUGGCCUCGCUCCACUUUGGACUCUGAAGCGUCAGUGGCAAAAGAGACCCCCGAGGUGGAGCUCCUGCCCUUCACGCUAGCUCACGAGCGUUGCAUCUGUGUGGUCCAGAAACUUGCUCUUUUCCUCCUCUCAAUGGACUUCACCUGCCACGCAGACCUGCUCCUGUUUGUUUGCAAGGUCUUGGCCAGGAUAGCAAAUGCGACACGACCCACGAUCCACCUGUGUGAAGUAGUUUCCGAGCAGCAGCUGGAACGGUUGCUUCUGUUAUUGGUGGGGACUGACUUCAACCGCGGGGACAUUUCGUGGGGUGGAGCCUGGGCUCAGUACUCCCUCACCUGCAUGCUGCAGGAUAUCCUUGCAGGAGAGCUGCUGUCUCCGGGGUGUGUGGAUGGGAUGGAGGGUGCGGGGGCUGAUGAGGCCGGGGCCGCCUCUUCCUCUGUAGUGGUGGAUUCGGAUGACUCUCUCCCUCAGCCGACCCCCAUCCCGCUGGUAGAGACCAUCGAUGAGCCUCUGGGACCUGAUAUCAUCGCAGGUACACCCGGGACAUCCUCUGUGUUCCAAAGUGCUCCUCCACUGUCAUCUUUGGAAAAAGAUAAAGAAAUUGACUUUGACUUGCUACAAGACUUGAUGGAUGUUGAUAUUGAUCCUUUAGAUAUUGAUUUGGAAAAAGAUCCACUCGCCGCCAAGGUUUUCAAGCCAAUCAGCAGUACCUGGUAUGAUUACUGGGGUGCUGACUAUGGCUCAUACAGUUAUAACCCCUACACGGGUGGUGUGGGCAUACCUGUGUCCAAACCACCUGCAGCCACAACAGUGGAGAAACCUGGAUCACAAAACCUCUCAGUGUCUGUUUCUCAAGCACUGGAUGCUCGACUGGAGGUUGGAUUAGAACAGCAAGCAGAACUCAUGCUGAAGAUGAUGGCAACACUGGAGGCAGACGCUAUAUUGCAAGCACUAACGUCCACUUCACCUUCUGUAGCCCAGUCUGCAAAUGGAACAGAUGACUCUCUUUUGCGUGGGGGCUUCCACAACUCUCCCCCCAGCAGCAGUCUGAUGGUACAAGCCUCAUCCAUCCCCAUGCUGAGCACCUGCUUCAACAAACUUUUCUCUUUACUGCAAGUGCAUCAUGUUCAGUUGGAGUCUUUGCUGCAGUUAUGGUUGACUUUGAGUUUGAGUUCCUGCUCUGGAGGGUCAGAAGAGAGCGGCUCAGACAUCUUUCUCUUCAAUGCCAGCAGAGUGCCCACAAUCCCUCUUAACCAAGCCUCCAUUAGCAGUUUCCUGUCAGUGCUAGCGUGGUACCCCAACACCUCUCUGAGAACAUGGUGUCUUGUCCUGCACAGUCUUACCCUCAUGACCAAUAUGCCUGCUUGUGCCUCCAGCAGUGGGAUGGGUGUUCAGGAGAGCACGGCCCAGCAGAUGGUGUCUGACCCCACACUUGUGCAUGUGCUUGUGCGCUUCCUGUCUGGAGGAAACCCUCACGGCACCAGCCAGCACAGCUCACAGGUCGGCCCCACAGCAACACAAGCCUUGCAGGAGUUUUUAACCAGGUUGCAGGUGCACCUGUCCUCCACCUGUCCACAGAUGUUCAGUGAAUUUCUGCUUAAACUGUUGCACAUCCUGUCUACGGAGAGGGGUCCAUUCCAGUCCGGUCAGGGUCCUUUAGAUGCACAGGUGAAGCUUUUGGAGUUCACCCUGGAACAAAACUUUGAAGUUGUUUCUGUGACCACCAUCUUGGCCGUCAUCGAAUCCAUCACCUUCCUGGUUCACCAUUACAUCACCUGCUCUGAUAAGGUGGUCUCACGCAGCGGUUCCGACAGCUCUGUUGGGGCUCGUGCCUGUUUCGGGGGCCUUUUCGCCAAUAUCAUCCGUCCCGGUGAUGCUAAGGCCGUGUGUGGUGAGACCACACGAGACCAGCUGAUGUUUGACCUCCUGAAACUGGUCAAUGCUUUGGUGAUGCUGCCUCUGUCAGGUGAUAGGGAGUUCAGCGGGAGGCUUCCUCCAGCAGGUGGAGCUACUGACAGCGUGUCGGAUGAAGAAAAAGUGUGUGGAAGUAAAGAGUGUGGGGCGGCAGGCACAGCUCAGCAUCAGGGACCAGCAGCAGGAGUGGCAGAUCUGGUUUUGGCCAAUCAGCAAAUUAUGAGUCAAAUCCUGUCAGCUCUGGGGCAGUGCAACAGCAGUGCCAUGGCCAUGAUAAUUGGUGCUAGUGGGCUUCACUUAACCAAACAUGAGAAUUUUCAUGGAGGGCUGGAUGCCAUCUCGGUGGGCGACGGCCUCUUUACCAUUUUGACUACUCUGAGCAAAAGAGCCACAUCCGUCCAGGUCAUGCUGCAGCCCAUUCUCACUUACAUGGCCUGUGGGUAUAUGGGCCGACAGGGAUCUCUCUCAACAUGUCAGCUUUCCGAGCCUUUACUGUGGUUUAUUUUGAGAGUGCUUGACACCAGUGAGGCUUUGAAAGCCUUCCAUGACAUGGGUGGUGUGCAGCUCAUCUGUAACAACAUGGUCACCAGCACACGGGCCAUCGUGAACACUGCACGCAGUAUGGUGUCCACUAUCAUGAAGUUUCUGGACUCUGGACCUGGAAAAGCAGCUGACGGCAGCCUGAAAGCACGAGUGCUCACCUCAGAACCAGACAAUGCAGAAGGACUGCACAACUUUGCUCCUCUUGGCACCAUCACUUCCAGCAGUCCCACAGCACAGCCAGCAGAAGUGCUGCUUCAGGCCACACCUCCACAUCGAAGGGCCCGAUCUGCUGCUUGGUCUUACAUAUUCCUUCCUGAAGAGGCCUGGUGCGACCUCACCAUCCACCUGCCCGCUGCUGUUUUGCUCAAGGAAAUCCACAUACAGCCGCACCUGGCAUCCCUUGCCACAUGUCCAUCCUCGGUAUCUGUGGAGAUCAGCGCAGAUGGUGUGAACAUGCUUCCCUUGUCGACUCCAGUCAUCACGAGUGGUCUCACCUACAUCAAGUUCCAGCUGGUAAAGGCAGAGGUGGCGUCUGCUGUGUGUCUGAGGUUGCACCGGCCGCGGGACGCUAGCACUCUUGGCCUCUCGCAGAUCAAACUACUGGGCUUGACUGCUUUCGGAAACACUUCCUCUGCCACUGUAAACAAUCCAUUCCUGCCCUCUGAGGACCAAGUCUCCAAAACCAGUAUUGGCUGGUUACGGUUGCUGCACCAUUGCUUGACUCACGUUUCUGAUCUGGAGGCCAUGAUGGCCAGUGCUGCUGCUCCUACAGCAAACCUCCUGCAGACCUGCGCCGCCCUGCUCAUGUCUCCGUACUGUGGCAUGCACUCGCCCAACAUUGAGGCUGUGCUGGUGAAGAUCGGCCUGCAGUCCACACGCAUAGGUCUUAAGCUCAUCGACAUAUUACUGCGUAACUGCGCGGCUUCUGGAACGGACUUAGCCAAUCUGAAUAGUCCGUUACUCUUCGGGAGGUUAAACGGACUUUCCUCAGACUCUACUAUAGACAUUCUCUACCAGCUUGGCACCACUCAGGACCCCGGUACCAAAGACAGGAUCCAGGCUCUGCUCCAGUGGGUGUAUGAUUCCUCCCGGGUUGCUUCCCUGAAGCAGAGCUCUCCAUCAGGCUACGUUGGCCCAAUCGCUCCGCCCCCUCGGGAAUAUGGCUUGCUCAUGCCCUCCCCAUCACACCUGCACUGUGUGGCAUCCGUCUUGUGGCACAGUUAUGAGCUGCCUGUGGACUACGACUUGCCCGGCCUACUCAACAGAGAGCUUUUUGAGUUGUUGUACAACUGGUCCAUGUCUUUGCCCUCUAACAUGGUUUUAAAGAAGGCUGUGGACAGCUUGCUUUGUUCCAUGUGCCACAUCCACCCCAAUUACUUCUCUCUUCUCAUGUCCUGGAUGGGUAUCGUGGCGCCCUCGUCUGCCCAGACCAACGCGCAGCGCCGGAUGGCCAUGACCGACGACGGCAAGAAGCAGCAUGACUUAAACAGCGCCGCCUCCCUCACCGAUGACUCCAAACAUGCUCGAACACCAGUAACCGUGCCCAUCUCCCUCUCAGAGUGCCAGCUGGUGACCCUUGCAGCUGCAUCCCAGUCUCCUGGUGCCAUUCAGCAGCUGUUAGACUCCGGUCUGCCUUCCUUGCUGGUGCGUAGCUUGGCUGACCUUUGCUGCAACCUGUUGGUCAGCGCGGAUCUUCCUUUACCUUCAGGAUUCUCCUCACAGACCGAGAGACGGCCGUAUUCACAUAACCAACACUCACCUUCCUCCACCAACAGGCCGCCUUUGUCUCCUGAGCUCGCGGCUCCGGUUUUGCGCUUUCUUACAGAAGUAGGAAACAGUCACACCAUGAAGGACUGGCUGGGUGGCCCGGAGGUAAACCCGCUCUGGACGGCGCUGUUGUUUCUUCUGUGCCACUCGAGUGCUAGUGGGACUGCUAACGCUAAUGCAAACAGCAGCAGCAGCAGUGUUUGUGGGCAUGGAGCAUCGCCCAGCACUUCACACGCCAGCGCUGCACCUCACACAUCAGGUGCGUCAUACUCACUGGCGUCAUCAAGCCGCAGUAGUGGACUCACCACACAGCAGAGGACCGCCAUCGAGAAUGCCACAGUGGCUUUCUUCCUGCAGUGCAUCUCCUGCCAUCCAAACAACCAGAGGCUCAUGGCACAGGUUCUGUGUGAGUUGUUCCAGUCAGCUCCUCAGCGGGGGAACGUUCCAGUCUCAGGGAACAUCUCUGGAUUUAUACGUCGACUAUUUCUACAACUCAUGCUCGAAGAUGAGAAAGUUACUGUCUUCCUUCAGUCUCCCUGUCCGCUUUAUAAAGGGCGCAUUAAUGCCACAAGUCAUGUGAUCCAGCACCCCAUGUAUGGAGCAGGGCACAAGUUUCGCAAACUGCAUCUGCCCAUCUCAACUACACUAUCAGAAGUAUUGGACCGAGUCUCAGAUACACCUAGCAUCACAGCAAAACUGAUCAAUGAACAAAAGGAGGAUAAAGAGAAGAAAAACCAUGAGGAAAAGGAAAAGAUGAAAGCUGAUAAUGGUUUCCAAGACAACUACAGUGUCGUUGUUGCCUCAGGUCUGAAGUCUCAGUCGAAGAGGGCCUUGUCCACUCCUCCACGUCCUCCAUCCCGACGAGGGCGUGUCCUUAGUGACAAGCUGGCAGCUUCCUCAGGAGUUGAUCCGUCUGCCAAAACCAUCAGCGUGCCUGUCUUCCACCUCUGUCACAAACUACUGCCGGGUCAGCCGUUGCCACCGGAGAUGACCUUGGCCCAGCUGCUGACUCUGCUGUAUGAGCGUAAACUUCCUCAGGGAUACCGCUCCAUUGACCUGACCGUCAAACUGGGGUCAAAGAUCAUCUCAGAUCCUGGCCUCUCCAAGACUGACUCCUUCAAACGGCUCCGCACUGAGAAAGAUCACUGCGAGAUGCUAAGCGGCUGUCCUGACGAUGAACCGAUGACCCCGGGUGACGAGGGUUUGGAUGCUGCGGUGGAUGACAGCCUCCUGGAGACCAGUCCUAUCCAGUCUCCUUUGCAGGUGUUCGCCGGUAUGGGUGGCUUGGCGCUGAUCGCGGAGAGACUUCCAAUGCUGUACCCCGAUGUCAUCCAGCAGGUCAGCGCCCCAGUGGUGCCAUCCACCACACAGGAGAAACCCAAGGACAGCGACCAGUUCGAGUGGGUCACUAUUGAACAAUCCGGAGAGCUUGUUUAUGAGGCGCCCGAGACUAUUGCGGCCGAGCCUCCACCCAUCAAAUCCUCCGUGCAGACCAUGUCCCCCAUCCCUGCCCAUUCCCUGGCGGCAUUCGGCCUGUUCCUGCGAUUGCCAGGAUAUGCAGAGGUUCUGCUGAAGGAGAGGAAGCAUGCACAAUGUCUACUUAGACUGGUGUUGGGCGUCACGGAUGAUGGAGAAGGAAGUCACAUCCUACAGUCUCCCUCUGCUAACGUUCUACCCACGUUGCCCUUCCACGUGCUCCGCUCCUUGUUCAGCUCCACUCCCCUCACCACGGAUGAUGGGCUGCUGCUGAGACGCAUGGCACUGGAGAUCGGUGCCAUCCACCUCAUCCUGGCCUGCCUGUCUGCCCUCAGCCAUCAUGCUCCCAGAGUGCCCAGCGGCAGUGCCAACUCCAGUGAGCCGCAGGUCUCCAGUGGGCAUGUUGGUGGUACCACAGAGGAACAGCAGCUGUAUUGGGCCAAAGGAACAGGCUUUGGGACUGGCUCAACAGCAUCAGGCUGGGAUGUAGAGCAGGCUCUGACCAAACAACGCCUGGAGGAAGAGCACGUCACCUGCCUCUUACAGGUUUUGGCGAGCUAUAUCAACCCAUCAGGCUGCGUGGGAUCUGGUGAGACCCUCACAGGAGAGGUCAGAGGUCACAGUAGCUCACUGCUGCCAUCUGUCCUGCAGGAACUGCUCAGCCAGUCCUGUCUGAUCCCUGCCAUGUCUUCAUACUUGCGCAAUGACUCAGUUUUGGACAUGGCACGUCACGUCCCCCUGUAUCGUGCUCUUUUGGAGCUGCUAAGGGCCAUUUCUACAUGCACCAGCUUGGUUCCUCUGCUCCUGCCACUCUCUGGAGAUGCUGCGGAGGAAGAGGAAGAUGAGGAACGCAUCGAGUGUCAGACCUCAGUUGGCAUGUUACUGGCUAAGAUGAAGACCUGCGUGGACACCUACACUAACCGCUUGAGGUCAAAGAAAGACAAAAGUAAAGGGGUGAUGAAGGCGGAAACAUCAGACCCUGAACCAGAAGGUCUGACCCUUUUAGUUCCUGAUAUCCAGAAGACAGCAGAGAUUGUUUAUGCUGCCACAACAAACCUUCGGCAAGCCAACCAUGAGAGGAAGAUGGCAGAGAGCUCAAAAAAGGCAGCAGCAAGGCCCAAACCACUGUCCAUCCUGCGCUCAAUGGAGGAGAAAUAUACUGCGGCUAUGAAGAAACUACAAUUUGACACGUUUGAGAUGGUGUGUGAGGAUGAGGACUCGAAACUGGUGUUUAAGGUGAACUACCAUUACCUGUCUCAGGUGAAGAACGCAAGCGAUGCUAACAGUGCCGCCCGAGCUCGACGAUUAGCACAGGAGGCUGUCACUCUCUCCACAUCCCUCCCGCUCUCCUCUUCCUCCAGCGUGUUUGUCCGCUGCGAUGAAGAACGGCUCGACAUCAUGAAGGUGUUGAUAACGGGGCCUGCGGACACACCAUAUGCCAAUGGCUGUUUUGAAUUUGAUGUCUAUUUUCCUCAAGACUAUCCCAACUCCCCUCCUCUGGUUAAUCUGGAGACCACCGGUGGCCACAGUGUCCGCUUCAACCCAAACCUCUACAAUGAUGGCAAGGUUUGUUUAAGUAUCCUAAACACCUGGCAUGGACGUCCCGAGGAGAAAUGGAACCCGCAAACCUCUAGCUUUCUACAGGUGCUGGUGUCGAUCCAGUCUCUGAUUCUGGUGGCUGAGCCGUACUUCAAUGAGCCAGGUUACGAGCGUUCACGGGGCACGCCGAGUGGGACGCAGAGCUCCAGAGAAUAUGAUGGAAACAUCCGGCAGGCCACUGUCAAGUGGGCCAUGCUGGAACAGAUGCGCAAUCCUUCACCCUGCUUUAAAGAGGUGAUCCAUCGGCACUUCUAUCUGAAGCGAGCGGAGAUCAUGGCUCAGUGCGAGAGCUGGAUCUGUGAUAUUCAGCAGUACAGCAGCGAUAAGAGAGUGGGAAGGACCAUGUCUCACCAUGCUGCCGCACUAAAGAGGCACACGGCUCAGCUCAGAGAGGAGUUGUUGAAACUUCCCUGUCCUGAAGGCCUGGAGCCGGACGGGGAGGAGUUUUCUGAGAAAAGCACCUCGCUCAUGGUGAAAGAGCUGCCCAGUCAGGACACAGAGAAGCAGACGGACAGUCCAGACGCCCACUGUAGCGAUGGCCAGCUAUGAUCCCGCCCUCCCCCCCCUGAAGCCCCGCCCACCGCCUUUGACUAUCCAUUGAUAUUAAAACAAAGACUGGAUGGCUUCGGUGAUUAAGCCAUCUUUUUGUCAAUAUUUGUAUGUAAGAAUCUAAUUAUGUAAUGGCAUAAAAAGAGAGGACAGACGAAACAGAAAAAUACGAGGAAUUGAAUCCGCUUACAUCCAUGACAACACGAGACAAACCGCUAAACGCCCAGAAGAAAACAAAGGAGACGAGAAAAGAUCUUUUUAUUUACUUGUAAAAGUAUCAACUUUUUUGUGCUUUUUUUUUUCUUUAUCUUCCCAAAUUGUGAAAUAACCACUGAUUGAUAUGUUAUUAAACUUGUUUAUGUAAACAGAAUGAAAGAUGAAAUCACAUUAUAUAUAAGGGAACUGCCUUUAGUGGAGAAUGUUUACCAAAUGUUCAUUUCUAUCUUUUUUUUUUUUUUUGUUUGUUUCUUUUGGACUGUUAGUGCAAGGACAGUUUGUAAGUGAGAAUAUACUGGUCAUUCUUUAAGUGAAUUAUUUAAAAGAAAAACGUAACAAACACGCGCCCGUAAAUACCGACUCUUGAGUUCCCACAAUCCUCUGGUGACCCUCUGACAGUGCUUUUGGUUUCUACAGACUUAUGUACACUUCAAUAAUAAAGCCUGAAACAGAUGUUCACUGGAUGCUCUUGUUCAGGCUGAUCAAUAGCACGUUUUAUUUUUGCCCUCUCUCUGCUUUUAAGUGCAAGUUUAAUAAAUGCAACCUGUUUUACUUUG